GCUUUUCUUUCUCUUUUCUUUCUCUUUCCUUAAUUGUUUAAACAAAAAUUUAUUAUUUCUCUACACUCCUUGAAAUAUUUUACUUGUGACGCAUAAUUCCACUUAUUUCAAGUUACGGCUACAACUCAAACAAUGGGAGCCAAACUUAGUAGACCGGAUCAAACGAUACCGAGCGAUGAACUAUCAAAAAAGAGAAAAAAGAGAAACACUGUCAUUCGAUCUAUUUUAUCCAAUUCGACAAAGAAAAAGAUGACCCUGAACAACAAUAACAUUGAUAAUAACAAUAAUGAAGAUACAAGUUCUCGUGUCACGAACACAGAAGCACCAAAACAAACAAUUUCUGGAGACACAAAUAAUGACGACACCUGUUUAAAUGAUCCUGCUGCGACAAUUUCAACUACAAAACGAUCUAUACUUUAUGACCCACUUAAAUCGAAUUCAAGACGAAGCAGGCGAUCUAGAAUAUCUUCUUCUUCUUCUUCUAUUCAUAAUCGUUUAUCUAUUCAUGACGAAAAUGCUCCAUUUUAUUCAAGGAGCAACAUUAGCAGUGGUUGGACCGCAUUAUCAAAUGACCCCUUUUCCCAAAUCGAAGUGAACACUUCCACCUUUACCGAGAUUACUGACCAUUCUACCAUUUCCCGAAAGUCACUUUACCCCGAAGAUACCUUAUUCUCCUCUACUACUACUACUACUGCUACUACUACACCCGUUCAACGUCCAUCGUCUUCAUUCUUAGCCUCAUCCGCAAGGGAUAUUCAGCAGCAAUUACAGAUGUAUCCCUCUCGAUCGUACCAGAUUAUCAAGGAGGCUUUUAAAAAGGCGCAGCUUCAGAACGACCCUUAUGACUGGACUCAAUUUUACACAGCUAUCGAUCACUAUGCUAUUCAAUCGCAUGACCCUGUUGCCUUGGUCUACUUAGCAAGAUGUCUUAUCUCAGGUCUAGGCUGCACUCCCGACAUACAGCGUGGUUUCGAGUUACUUAAAUCACACCCUUCAUGUGAAACAAACUAUGCUCUUGGACAUUGCUAUCUUGAUGGCCUUCCAGCGAAUGGUCCUCAUACCGUUCAAGAUGUUGAUAAAGCAACAGCAUUUGAAUGCUUUUUAUCAGCCGCUAAUGACUACGAACCGACCAAUGAAUCUAUUGCAACAACGAUUGCAGAAGCUCAAUGCAGAUUGGCUCGUAUGCUGUUUCAAGGCGAAGGAGUAGAGCAAAACUCAAGAGAAGGCUUUGAAUACUUGAUGAAGAGUGCCGAAAACAACAACAUGUAUGCCCAGUUUCUUGUGGGUGUUCACUAUGAACGUGGUCUGGAUAUUCCUCUAGAUCUCGAAAAAGCAAUGUAUUACUAUCAAAAGAGCGCCGAACAAGGUUUCCCUGACGCGCAAGCAGCCUUGGGAAACAGAUUGAUUGUAGAAGAAAACUACAAAGAAGGCAUUCAGUGGUUAGAAAAGGCUGUUCAAAUGGGAAAUAGUCGUGCUCAUCUCCAGCUUGGUAUACUUUAUGAUAAGGGCAUAGGCGUCGAACAAAGCAAUGAUCUUUCUUUACUUCAUUAUAAAGCUGCUGCUGAAAACGGCAAUCACGCUGCGCAGUAUAUUCUCGGACUAGUCUAUUACUUUGGUAGACUAGGAAAACAAAAGAACCAUAAAGAAGCCAUUCGACUUGUUAGACAAGCCGCCGUCUCUGGAUUCCCUUAUGCACAACGUGUGCUUGGCCAAUUCUAUCAACAAGGCAGUCUCUUUCUCCCACUGUCUUCACAGUCUGGCGCUGAUAAUAGGCUUCGAGUCAAGAAAAAUGAGCGUGAGGCUGUUCGAUGGUACAAACGUGCUGCCCUGGGCAAGGACAUACCUUCCAUGGGCCUUCUUGGCAAAUGUCAUGAACAUGGCAUUGGUGUCGAUAUUGAUUUAGAAAAGGCACUUGCUUACUACACAAAGGCUGCAGAAAAUCAAAGUCCCUAUGUUUACUAUGCUACUAUUGACCAAGCCCUUCUAUUACAACGAAUGGGUCGACACGUGGAAGCUUUCCGUUUAUAUUCUCACGUUUUGACUCAUGCUCAUCCAAUAGAUGAUAAGCAACCUAUUCAGACAGCCAAGUUAUCUGUUGCUCGAUACCACCUGAGCAAUAAAAUUGAGGGUAUCCCAUAUAAUCCAGCCCUUGCAUUACAGCUACUCACCGAAUUAGCCGAGACGACAAACGAACCUCAUGCUCACUAUUGGUUAGGCUCCUGCUACGAUGAAGGUAUCCCUGGCGUAUGUGAAAUUGAUCGACAAAAGGCGUUUCACCAUUUCAUGAUCGCUGCUGAGUCGGACGAUAUAGACGCCAUCUUUCUGGUUGCAUAUAUGAUGUCGAACAACGUGAUCCCUCAUAAAGGGCCUACAGACGCCUUUCCUUGGUAUCGCAAAGCUGCCCUCAAGGGCCAUCCUAUGGCUAUGCAUUCCCUUGGUCUUUGUUAUUACAAGGGCAUUGGGAUUGACAGACCUGACUUGGACACUGCCCUCGAAUGGUUUGAUAAGGCUGCUAAACAAGAUAUUACAGAAUCCAUGUCUUAUAUGGCUCGUGUUUAUCUUCAGCUGAUGAUGAUGCAUGUCGAACAAGUCGAAGCAGCACAACAAUACUUUGCCAAGGCAGUUCAGUGGCUCAAGAAAGCAGCAGAAAAAGAAGACGCCUAUGCUUUAAGAGAGCUAGGCAAAAUCUAUCUCUCUGGGAAGGGCCUUAAGGCAGAUUAUACCAUUGCAUUCAAUCUCUUGCAGAAGGCUUCUCAAAAGAACGAUCCUGAGGCAAUUGCUUUUCUCGGGGAUUGCUACCAUAAGGGGACCGGUACGGAGAAGAAUUUGGAAAUAGCCGUGGAGCAUUAUCUCCGUUCUGCCUCUUUAGGCUAUCCGUUUGCAUACUCUGCUACAGCUGAACUCUAUUACGAAAUUGGCAAUUUCGAUCUCGCUUAUGAUUACUAUUUACUAGCAUCAAAGGAACCCAAGAUUGCACAAAGUAAAAUUGGCAAGAAUUCCAAGAUGAUGGUGGCUCGUUUGGCUCUCGCUUAUAUUCCAGGAAAGACUCAAAAGUCCAGUGCUCUCUUGGAAAAUUUAGUCAGGUUUAACAAGAUAAUUGCUCUUACCGACGCAUUUGAGAUACUCUCAGAGCUUUGUAAUCAAGAUCAGUUCCCUCAAGCUUUUGAGCCUCUUGGUUAUUGCUACCUUCAUGGGCAUGGAACAACAAAGAAUAUUACCGAAGCAACAUUCUGGUUUCGUAAAGCAAUCGAGGAGCUGAAUGACAGUGCUGCUUAUUUUCAUCUUUUCAAUAUCUAUGCCCACGGUUUAGGAAAUACACUUGUUGAUAUCCCCUCAGCACUCGCUUACCUCAGAAAGAGCGCAGAGCAAGGUUACACUGAAGCUCAGUACCGUAUGGGCAUUAUCUAUCUGCAGGGCGAAUUCGGCAUUAUGCCUGAUGAACGCACAGCGACAGACUGGCUGAAACUAUCUGCUUCCAAACUGCAUGCUGAAAGUAUUUGGAUGCUCUCUCAAAUGGCUGCAGCCAUCCAUCAGGACGAUUUGAAACUUGAAUAUCAAAAGAGUGCCGCUUCCUUAGGUCAUGUGCUCUCUAUGCGUGAGCUUGGUAAACAGUAUCUGAAACAGCUAGACACCCCUUUCUUGAGCAUACUGAUGCAAAACGAAUACCUGGAUGAAGCCCUAAAGUACCUACAUAUGGCUGCAGAUGCAAAUGAUACUGAAGCACUGAUUAUCUUGGGAAAGACUUAUGCAAACUGUACAAAGACCAACAUCAAGUACUCACACCUUCAAAACAACUUACCCACACCUACAGAUACCAACAGCUUCUGCGAUGAGGAUGAAGAGAUAGAUUCCCGCUGGCAAUCAGAAGAAGACGAAAAGGCACUGGCUAUUCAAUGCUUCGAAAGGGCCGCUGCAUUAGGUAGCAUUGAAGCAACUGUGUAUGCUGCUGAGGCAUGGCAUGAGCAGGAACAGUAUGCUGCUGCUCUAGAAUACUUUCAGAAGGCUGCAUCUCAAGGCCACGUACUGGCGCGCUUCUUUUGUGCGCGUUAUUCGAUUGAAGGUUUUGGUGGCAUGCCUGUAAAUCCUGAAGAAGGGUUCAAGGAACUUUUAAUCUGUGCUAAUGAACUGAACUGUGUCCAUGCUUAUAAUACGUUAGGUCAGUGUUAUGAAAACGGUGUUGGUACAGAAAAGAACGACCAACUUGCCUAUGAAUGGUACCGCCGUGCAGCCGAAAUGACCCGUGAUGCUGAAGCCUAUUACCGUAUCGCUCAAAUGUAUGCUCAAGGCCGCGUUGCUUUACCAAACCCAACAAUGAAUAAGGACAUAGAAGCCUGUAGGAUGUACGAAUUGGCUACAAAGGCAACACCUAAAGGCCAUGGACCUUCUUGUUAUGAGCUUGGUCUUUAUCAUCUCAGGGGUAUUGCUGAUCCUUUAGACGACAAGCGUAUCCUUUUGACUCCUGACGUAUUCCAAGGAAUUGAAUAUCUUCGUACAUCAUCCGAUCUGAAUAUCAAAGAGGCCAUGUUUACCCUUGGUUUGCUUUUCCUCAACGGUAAUUUUCCUGUAGAAGAACAAGAAGAAGGAUAUCGUAGACUUUUACGAGCCGCUGAGCUUGGCUCUUCUGAAGCUCAGUUUCAUCUUGGCAAGUUCUAUCACCGUGGCAAAGACAUUAUGACCGACUCUGAAAAAGAUGGCGAAGAGUAUACCCUUAUUCCUCAAGACCUUGAAAAGGCCUUUGAUCUUUUUUGUAGAUCUGCAGCUCAGCGACAUCCUACUGCCACAUACUACCUAGCCUUUUACUAUCACCAUGGUAUAUACGUUCCGCCUGACAUUAACACUGCUCUUGAGCAGUACGAGCUUGCUGUAGAUCUGUUUGAAAAGUAUGAAGUAGUACCUGAAGAACGAUGGCAAGCUGAAUAUAACCUUGGGUCCAUUCUGCAUAAGCAUAUUGACAGUCAGGCUCGUGCCUAUGAACUCUUUCAGGCAGCUCAAGCCCAUGCUCCGGUCAACUUCAAAUAUCUACCCCAAAUCAUGAUCACUCGAUACCAUCUUUAUGGAUGGGCUGAUGUUCCUGUUCAGGCUAGAGAAGCAGCUGCUACACUUGUCCGUUUCGCACAAGAAAAAUUUGGAUACCGCGUAUAUCUUGAUGUAGCAAGAUGUUAUGAAUAUGGACUUGGUAUUCCCAAAGAUGCCCAUCAAGCGUUCUAUUGGUACGGACAAGUCCUUAAUAGAGCAAACAGUGUGAAUGAGUCUUCAGUGGAUAUGUCCACUUUAUUUAUUGAUGAAGAUACAGAAGAAGAUGAAUCAGCUGCCAUGUUUAAACUCGCAGAAUUUUAUCAAAAAGGCGAUGUUGUUUCAAGAGACAUCGAAAAAGCCGAUAGACUCUACUGCCUUGCAGCCAAAAGGGGUUCACAAGACGCUCAAGAACACCUUUCUCUUAAAUUGAAAAGAACCACUAUUUAA